CCCAAAAACGAAAAAUUUUAAUGAGGUACAAAUCGCCAAAAAACACUAAAACACGAAAAAACAACCCCCCGAACGGCCCAAACGCCACUAACACGUCCAGCAGCCCCCCUACAACCCACUCGGACGUUUCGCCCCCCUUUUUUCACAAUUUUCUCGAAAUUUUUGGAAAUUUUUACGCAGUAAUAGGACGUGUUCACGUAGAAGGGGGCCCGUAACGCGAUUAUUGUCACAAUUUUCGCUUAAUUGUGCUAUUUUGUGGCAUUUUGACAGCACUUGACAAGGACCCAACCAACAUGUCAUGUGGUACACAUUUGAAUUUUGAGGUUAAAAACAUGUCUUCAACUUAUUUGAAAGUCACAUUUUUUGAGGCUGGGGGCGAGUUUAAGGUUUGUGAUGAGUGGAAAUAUCGGGUGGUCCCAUUUGCGGUUAGUGGAAUUUACCACAAAGGGGUGAAAAGUGCAAGAAAAUUGGCAGAAGGGUCGAAAACGGUUUAUAAGUUAGGGCUGGAUUUGGAGGGUGUGGGGGUUGAUUUUAUGCCGGGGGACACCAUUGGGGUGCUCCCACGUAACGAUGAGUCCCUAGUUGAGAAAAUUUUCAUACGGUUGGGGGUCGAAGCCCAGGCUGACCAACCGUGCGAAUUGGGGGUUUCACCCAACAGUGGGAAAAAAACCGCAGUGGUGCCAAAACACCUCCCGGUGCGGAGCACCCUAAGGACGAUUUUCCUAAAUCAUGUGGAUUUGCACACGCCGCCCAAAAAAUUGUUUCUCAAGUCGUUACUCGGCUUCGCCUCGGGUUCGGACGCUUCUAGACUCACCUCCCUCUCCUCCCCCCAAUCCCCCGACUACUCUGAUUUUAUCGCGUCAAACCCUUCGUUACUUAACGUCCUUGAGACGUUCCCCUCCCUUACCCCGCCCAUUUCGCUCCUCCUUGAACACCUCCCACCGCUCCAGCCCCGCCCCUACUCCAUAUGCUCCUCCCCCUUGUCACACACGCUCGAAAUCACGUUCGACGUCACUGGUCUGUGUACGAAAUUCAUGGAAAAGCAAAUUUCGUCCAAAAAUCAAAUCGCCUUCUAUUUCCGCAAACCGGGAUUAUUCCGGCUCCCGGAUUUGGCGAAUCCGGUGAUUAUGAUCGCCACGGGGACCGGAAUCGCCCCAUUCCGGGGAUUCCUCCAACACUGGAAAUUGGCAAACGAAUUCGGCGAUGUUUGGUUGUUUUAUGGUUGCCGUUUCAGAGAUCGUGAUUUUUUAUUCAAAGACGAAAUCAACGAAUUGAUGUGUGAAGGGAUUGUGAAUCGUUUAAAUGUCGCGUUUUCACGCGAGAGUGACUCAAAAAAAUAUAUACAGAGUGAGAUUGAUAAGCGAGGGGCGGAUUUCGUCGAUUGGGUCAAUCGGGGGGCUCAUAUUUACGUUUGUGGGGAUUUUAGGACUGUGGUCAAGGAUGUACGGACUUGUGUGGCAAAAAAUUUGGUUAAAUACGGCGGACUUGACGAGGAAAAAGCCGAGGAUUUUGUCAAAGGAGAUAGAUUUAUUGUCGACACUUGGAAUUAAUUUAUUUAUACAUCAUAGAAAAACAUUACAAUAAAAUUAUCGCCGUUUUUGGACCUCUGUGUAAAUAUCCCGUUAAGGAACUAUAAAAAUAUCGUAAUUUACAAAAUGUAUAGGGUGGAGCGACGAAAUUGUGGGAAUAAAUGUUCAGUCAUGUGUGUCUUGUGUCACACUGUGUAUCGUUUUAAAAAUAAAUAUAUAUUUUCGUAACUA